CAUUUGGCCUAUAGAAAAAAGUUUGGUUUGUUUUAAACUUUUUGAGUUCAUGGGAAAAAAAUAUUAACGUCCAUUAGUUAAGACAUACUACAUAUAGCACAUAUAGAGGAGAGACAAACACAUAGAAGUCAUUCAUUUGUCAAAAUCCUUUGACACCAACGUUGUCUUCGGAAUCCACUUUUUUUUUUCACAUUGGUUGUUAUUAUUCUUGUAAACUUUUUGUUUUUGAUGUUAUGGAACAGAAACAUGUUCUUUUGUCAGCAUUGAGUGUUGGUGUUGGAUUAGGUGUUGGUCUUGGAUUGAGUUCAGGACAAGCUGUUCAGAAAUGGGUUGGAGGGAGUAGUGAUUUUGAUGAGGUUUAUGGUGAUCAAAUUGUUGAAGAACUCAAGAAACUUUUGGUUGAUGGAAAAAAUAGCAAAGUUACAUUUGAUGACUUUCCUUAUUACUUAAGCGAAAGAACUCGAGUUUUGUUGACAAGUGCUGCAUAUGUUCAUUUAAAACAUCUCAACUAUUCAAAGCAUACCAGAAACCUCUCACCAGCAAGCCGAGCUAUUUUACUCUCUGGUCCAGCAGAACUUUAUCAGCAAAUGCUUGCCAAAGCUUUAGCACAUUACUUUGAAUCAAAGUUGCUAUUGUUAGAUGUUACUGAUUUUUCUGUGAAGUUGCAAAGUAGAUUUGGAUGUCCAAGAAAAGAACCAUCUUUCAGAAGGUCAAUAUCUGAGAUGACUUUCGAGCGAAUGUCUGGUUUGUUCGGUUCAUUUUCGAUGCUUCCUUCAACCGGAGAAACUAGAGGCACUACUAGAGGAAGUAGUUCUUUUGACAGUUCUAAUAAUCCACCACAGCUUCGGAGGAAUGCCUCUGCUGCAUCUGAUCUAAGUAGUGCUUCUUCUCAAAGUGUUUCGACAAAUUCAGCUCCUUUAAGACGCACAAGCAGCUUGUGUUUUGAUGAAAAGCUCUUUGUGCAGUCACUUUACAAGGUUUUGGUUUCUAUCUCAGGAACUGAUUCCAUUAUCUUAUACAUAAGGGAUGUUGAGAAGCUUGUUCGCAAAUCACCAAGGUUAUAUAAUUUACUACAAAAAAUGAUAAAAAGAUUGUCAGGCUCGGUGUUAAUACUUGGUUCUCAGAUAUUAGAAUUAGACGAAGGUUGCAAAGAAAUCGAAAGGAUCACUAUGUUAUUCCCUUACAACAUUGUGAUCAAACCACCUGAAGAUGAAAUUCAUCUUUGUAGCUGGAAAGGACAAUUAGAAGAAGACAUGAAAGUCAUUAAGUUUCAAGAUACUCGAAACCACAUUGCUGAAGUACUCUCAGAGAAUGACAUUGAUUGCGACGACUUGAAUUCGAUAUGCUAUGCAGACACUAUGAUCCUAAGUAAUUGUAUUGAAGAAAUUGUUGUAUCUGCAAUAUCUUAUCAUUUGAUGAAUACUAAGGAACCUGAAUACCGAAACGGAAAGUUAGUUAUCUCGGCUAAUAGUUUGUCUCAUGGAUUGAGUUUGUUCCAAGAAGGAAAGAGUAGUGGAAAUCUAAACACUAACGAUUCUAAUAAGGAAAAUGGUGGAGACGAUACGGCUGGCGCAAAGAAUGAUGUUCGGAGUGACAACCAAGCACCGGAAAACAAAAGUGAGGCAGAGAUAUCCAUCCCUGUAACGAAAAAAGAAGGCGAAACUCCUAUGCUUGCAAAAGUAGACGAAACUCCUAUGCCUGCAAUAGAAGAAUUUCCCGACAACGAGUUUGAGAAGCGAAUUAGACCCGAGGUUAUACCUGCAAACGAGAUAGGCGUUACAUUUGCGGAUAUUGGUGCAUUGGAUGAGAUAAAAGAGUCACUUCAAGAGCUAGUUAUGCUUCCCCUUAGAAGACCAGAUCUUUUCAAAGGUGGACUUCUAAAACCAUGUAGAGGUAUAUUGCUUUUCGGGCCGCCUGGUACUGGAAAAACAAUGCUAGCAAAGGCGAUUGCGAAUGAAGCAGGAACAAGUUUCAUUAACGUCUCCAUGUCCACCAUCACUUCAAAAUGGUUCGGAGAAGAUGAAAAGAAUGUCCGAGCUUUAUUCACACUAGCAGCUAAAGUUGCUCCGACUAUUAUAUUUGUUGACGAAGUUGACAGCAUGCUCGGUCAGCGUACUCAAUUUGGAGAACAUGAGGCCAUGAGGAAGAUUAAAAAUGAAUUCAUGACACAUUGGGAUGGACUAUUAUCAGGACCUAAUGAACAAAUUCUCGUUCUUGCGGCUACCAAUCGACCAUUUGAUCUCGACGAAGCAAUUAUAAGACGCUUCGAGCGCAGGAUCAUGGUUGGUCUACCAUCUGGUGACAACAGGGAAAUGAUCCUUAAAACUCUUCUGGCUAAGGAAAAACAUGAAAACUUAGACUUCAAGGAACUAGCAACCAUGACAGAAGGAUUUAGUGGAAGUGAUCUGAAGAAUUUGUGCAUCACUGCAGCUUAUCGACCGGUGAGGGAGUUAAUACAGCAGGAGAGAAUGAAGGAAAUGGAAAAGAAGAAAAGAGAGGCAGAAGGUGUAAGCUCGGAAGAUGCGUCGAAUAAUAAAGAUAACGAAGAGCGAGAAAUCACGCUGAGGCCUUUAAGUAUGGAAGACAUAAAACAAGCUAAGAAUCAGGUGGCUGCAAGUUUUGCGUCCGAAGGAUCAGUAAUGGCUGAGCUAAAGCAAUGGAACGAUUUAUAUGGCGAAGGCGGUUGGAGGAAGAAACAACAACUUACUUAUUUCCUUUAGAGUGUGAAUGCUAAUUUCAUAUUGGAUUUUUCACCAUUCAUCCAAAAUGGUAUAUUUUUAACAAAGGAAGAAGAGCCUCCAAUUAUAUAAGAGCCAAAAGAUCUUACAAAGAUGUGUAGAUCAUUAUGCCUCCAUUUUUUUUGGAUUGUUUUGACGAACCAAUGGCCACUUGUAUUAGAAGAUUAGUAUUAUGCCAUGUAGAGUUGAACUUGUGUCAUGUGUGGUUUUUAGGAAGUUGGAAUAUUUUAUACCAAAUAUUUUGAUUAUGUUGUAUUAUAUAUGAUCAAUAUUUUCAGACAGUAGAAUUUUGUACAUUGAUUGUGUAGCUGAACUAGUUAAAGUUUGGCUCAAUUAUUUAUGUGGAUUGUCAUGGAUUGUUUUAAAUUGUCAA